AUGUUUUCAGGCAAUAAGAACGGUAGUUCAUCUUCUACUGCAAAAACUCCGACAAAUAUACCUUCAACGACUGGUCGUAAACACCGCACAACUUCACACUCCGCUAGUGCAAACUCCUCAACUACCAAUCUUCCUAACUCGUCCUUACUCAUUCCUAAUUACGGUGUUGAUGUAGAUUCUUCUUCUUCUACUGCAAGUACGCCAGGUGGUUAUAAUAAUUCCGUUCAAUACGAUGAUGAUAAUACGACAAGUGGUGAAGAUGAAACCACCUGCUUCAUACCAGAAUCUGAUAAAAACAAAAAAGAACGCGAGAGGGAACGAAAGAAACAAGAUGCCCGAACUAAAGGGUCUUUAGCUAUGAGUCCUCAUGUAGCUCUUAAAACUUAUGCACCAUCUUUAUCAUUAUAUGAACGUUCUGAAAUAUUGGACUAUCCUGAGGUUUAUUUCGUGGGUCAAAAUGCCCAAAAAGUCCCAUCUAGCCCCGAAUUGAGUGGUUGUAAUUUUGGUUUCGAUGAUGAGCGUGGAGACUAUAAU